UAUCUGGUACUUUCAAUUUUUAUAGUCGGCUCGGCUCGGCUCGGCUCAAGUACUCAUCUCAUCUCAUCUACCGUUGGUUGUGCGAGCUUCAGAAAUCCCGUCCAAAAGCACAAAAUACAUCCUGAGCUGAAAUAAGAAUGGCUGAUCGCUUUUUCCUCAACACAAUACCUCAUGAAUCGCCAACAUCACAACCAUCUUCUACUUCUGAUUCCCUCACAAAGCUUCUCCACCUCCCCUACAAAACCCUAUCUCAGCUGCUCCUCAAAGCAGCUUUGGACCUCAAAGACGCUGUGGUGAAGGAGACAUGGAUUGCUAAAGGAAAACGUGUGGGCGAUUACAGUCUCUAUACUGGGGCUCUUGGGACUGCCUUCUUGUUGUUUAGAGCUUACCAGGUUACAGGCGACAACACUGAUCUUGCUCUUUGUUCUGAUAUCAUUAAGGCCUGCGAUUCUGCGUCUCGGGGCUCUGGGCGUGUCACUUUCAUAUGCGGACAAGCUGGUGUAUGCGCUCUUGGUGCUGUAGUAGCACAUCACAAGGGUGAUGAACAAUCAUGCCAGCAAUACAUAACACGGUUCAGAGAGAUUAAGCUCCCCAAGGAUCUUCCAGAUGAACUGUUGUAUGGCAGGGCUGGGUACUUGUGGGCAGCUGCUUUCUUGAACAAAAAUAUCGGUAGAAGCCCAAUAUCCUCCACUAGGAUGAGGGCUGUCGUGGAUGAAAUUAUAGACUCAGGACGAAAACUGGCGAAGGGAAAAAAAUGCCCAUUGAUGUUUGAAUGGCAUGGCAAAAAGUACUGGGGAGCGGCCCAUGGGGUGGCUGGUAUUUUGAACGUGUUAAUGGAUAUGGAUUUAAGCCAAGAUGAGCUGGAGGCUGUAAAGGAAACAUUGCGUUAUAUGAUUGAGAAUCGUUUCCCGAGUGGAAAUUACCCAUCAAGUGAAGGAAGUGAAACAGAUAGGCUUGUACAUUGGUGCCAUGGGGCUCCAGGUGUCGCCCUUACACUUGUUAAAGCAUACAAGGUUUAUAGAUGUGAAGAGUUUCUGCAAGCGGCAGUCGAUGCAAGUGAAGUGGUCUGGCAUCGAGGCCUUCUCAAACGAGUUGGGAUUUGUCACGGCAUAAGUGGGAACACCUAUGUGUUUCUUUCGUUGUACCAGCUAACAGGUAGACCAGAGUUUUUAUAUAGGGCCAAAGCAUUUGCUUGUUUUCUUCACGACGGGGCUCAAAGACUGAUUUCGGAAGGGGUCAUGCAUGGAGGAGAUUGUCCAUAUUCACUGUUUGAAGGUAUUGGUGGAAUGGCUUAUCUGUUUCUGGAUAUGAUUGAACCUUCCCAGGCUAGGUUUCCUGGUUAUGAGCUUUAAUUUACCCUUUUUUUUUUGGCUUCACACAAGUAUAUAUGCUUCGAUUUGUGUGUAUAGUACGGCAUUUUGAUCUCUCUAAAAAUUUGGGAUGGUAAUGGUAGCAUUUUAUUUGGGCAUCAGUUGAAGAUUUGUAGUUAAUAUAAUGACCAUAACAGUUAGUAUUUACUCAUAUAUCGUUGGAUUGAUCAUCUCCGAAAUUCUGUUCAUAUAUCUUGUUAUGAACAUGGAUUUCGUCAAAUUUAUUUCAUUACGAAGUUUAGCCGGAAUAACUUCAAUAGUUAUGUACAUAACCUCCUUUGAGGUUCAAUUAGAAGUUAAUUCUCA